AUGUCUCGCGAGCCUUUCGAAGUACCCGAGCUCAUCGAGCAUAUAGCCAGUCAUUCGCGCUGGUCGCUUCGCGAUAUAGCGGCGUUCAGGCUGUCCGGGCGUAUCCCGUCGAUUGUUGGUCGUCGCCUGCUCCUUGAAAGGGUAACCCUUCAUGGUCACUUUGACGUCAUCGACGGGCGCUUGUUGCUGUCGAGGAUAGACGCCUUAGCCGAUUUGGUUCGCUCCACGCCAUCCUUGGCACCACUUGUCAAGCGGGUAUGCCUUUCCUCGUGGGGAGCGGACAGCGGUUGGUUACGCUCCGACGCGCUGAAAAGGGCGUUGACGGUCCUGUGCGAGGGUGGAGGGGCGACAGAGCUCUCUAUCGCUCGCUUGGGCGUUGAAGAGUCUUUGGGGUUCACCCUCCGCGGUAUACUGCGCGUCUCUGGGUCGAGCUUGAUCCGACUCAGGGUCGUACAUGUACUGGAUGUUCCGAAGGCCGUCCUCGAAUCCUGUGUCAACCUGCAGGACUUGAACGUGGACGGCCUUCGUAUGAUUGAUUCUGGACCCGAUCCGAACCAUCGCCCCUCCUUGACCGCCUUUCGUUAUUCGCAUUCGUCUGGUAUAGCCCUUGCAAAUGUCGACCAUUCGCCGGAUCCCAUCGUCUCUAUCCUCGAUUGGAGCCAGCUACGCUUGCUAGUGGUUCGGCUCUCCUGGUACCGCGACGUGCGCGUGCUUAAUCAUGCCACCGCUGCUGCCCAGACGUCGUUAGAGAAGUUGGAAUUGGAGGUUUCGAGCUUCCAUAGAAAUCGUACUCGCCCCGGUGUGGAUCCUGUGUUGCCGAUGUUACCUGAAGUACGAGAGGUUCACUUGGUGCUGACCACGCAUUACCAUUACAUCCGCGUGGAUGAUUGCCCCCCAUCCGCUUUCGCGCUUUUCGUUGGGUUGUUGGACUGCCCUCGCCUUAGAGUGCUACAUCUGGAGUGCGUGUUCGGGGCUCUGCUUCGGAGGAGGUACAUCUAUACCUUGCGAUGGCACGUGCUAGACGCGGAAUUAGCCCGCUUGGGAAAAUAUGGUAGGAUACGAGUCGAGCUCGAUUUCGUUUAUAGCAGUAGUUUCAAUAUUCCGAGUUGGGACCCCGUCUAUUACGAUGAGAUGGUUGUAUUUGUAGAGGAAGACUUCCUGGUCAAAUAUUUCCCUUUGACAGUGGCUUCCGAUUCCAUCGAACUUGUCCUCGUGUGA